GCUGGGGGAGGAGCCGCCAUCUUGGGGGUCCGUGGGCUGAGGGGAGCUGGCUUCGGGCGCUGCGGUGUGGGCUGCUGGGGGCGUUCCUUAGGGGGCUGUAGGGCGUGGUGGGAUGAUGUGUGGUUGAGGCGUAGCUGGAGGAGGUUAACGGGACACAAGUGCCCUGCCAUACCCUCAGGGCGUGGUCCCCGAGGGAAGGGGUUGAAGCUGAAUUUACUGUGGGAACCAGUGUUGGAACUGAGGUUUGUCUACUGCAAUACAGGCGAAAUAGGAUGGCUGUGAAUGCGUAGUGCUUUGAGCAGCUAUCCUAGGGGCUACGAGCAAUGCUGGUCAGAAGAAAUUUGUUCUCAAGUGCCAUGGUCUGUGCUGCUGGCCAGGAAAAUGCCUCAGCCAAGGUGUGGGCAGUGUCUGUCCGUGGCAGUCACUGGGUUACAAUGCAGUAGCAGGCAGAUUUAUUUAAUAGCAUUCUGAAGUUUCCAACCUGAUUUAUUAACUUCAUUUAAUUCCUAAAGCUAAUUCAUUUGGCUUACAUCAGUGGUUUCCUCAGGUGACUGCUGCCUAGCUCUGAUUUUGCUUGGAAUUUGCUGGAGCACUUUAAAGGUUUACUGCCAGAAUUAUCAGGAAAUACCUGCUUUGGAGGUCUUCAGCAGGACGUCUUCAAGAACCAUGAAGAAAUUGUGAUUAUAACAAGGAAUAAAAGCUGGGAAAGACAUAUUUCUAUUUGAGUCUCAGGAAAUGGGUGCCAGUGCUGUUGUCCUUUGUCUUGUUUUGCAAUUAAUGCAAGAGGUAAAAGCAUCUGUUGGAAACUGCAUUCCCAGAAAAACAGUAAAAUACCAAAGUAAGUGAAAAGGAGUCAUUUGAUAAGCAGAAAGAAACGUAAAACAGUAUUGGGGCUUCAUUUCUUAUUAGGGGCAGGAAGGAAUGCUAUUGACUGUCUCACCUCAGUGUUUGUACUUGCAUUCAUUUAAAUGACUGAGGAAUGCCCAAAUGUAGUGUAAUAAUGGUAGUGGUGUUCAUAAUUCCUGUGUUAAAUUGUGGAAAGAAUAUACAUAUGUUUAUCUGAAUACUUUGGUAUUUAGGAACUCUUUUGGAAGGACAUAUAAGCUUUCACAUUGUUUGGUUAUUAUUUGUUUUCAACCUGGAAUUCUUACUACGUAACACUGAGUUUCCAGUGAUAAUUUGUUUUAAAAUAACAUCUAUGUUUCAUAGCUCUAAAUGUAGAAAUGUUUGUGAAAGAAGGCUUGUCCAAUGUCUCCGCUCUCCUUGUGGAUGAAGAAACUGAUAGGCUGUUUGUUGGAGGCAGGGAUGUAAUAUCUGCCCUCGAUUUGAAUAACAUUUCCAGAGAAACUGCCAGGGAACACUGGUUUGCUACACAGGAAAGACAACUGGAAUGCAUUCGUAGAGGCAAGGACAAGAUAAGGUGCCAAAACUACAUCCUCGUCCUCCAUAAGAUCAAUGAUUCCCACGUGUAUGUUUGUGGGACAAAUGCCUAUCACCCGCUGUGUGACCACAUGGUUAUUCAGAGGACAAAGAUGCAUUUGCAAGGAAGAGCUGAAGAGAGCAGAGGGAAGUGUCCUUUUGAGCCAACUCUGAAGUAUGCAUCUGUUUUUGUAGAUGGGGCAUUUUACUCAGCUACUUCCAAUAAUUUCUUGGGAACAGAACCUAUAAUACUUCGCAGCAUGCAAAAUCCUGUAAGAACAGAAUUUAAAACGUCUUGGCUAAAAUGGUAAGAAGCUUUUAUUCAUACUUCAGGCUCUUGAGCAUUUGUUGGUGUAUGAACCACCUCUAGAGUGUAAUGGUGUGUUAUGUUGGUUUGGCAGUGUCCAGAAAUGGGAAUUAAAAACAUUGUGCCUAAGAACUGCAGUGAUGAGACAAGCCUCUGUCUCUCUCAAACACAAUUCCUUCUUUUAAUUUUUCAUAUUCAUAAAUACUUUUCAACUCUUCACUCCACAAAAAAAGAGUUUAAUUAGACUUACUUUCAAAUCAAUAUCUGCUACUAGUGAGUUUUCUUAGUGCUAACUUAAAUUGCUUUUUAUAUUUAUGCAUUUCAGAACCAAGCUUUGUUGGCAUGGAAAUAGUACCUGAAAGUGAGUUUAGUCCAGAUGGAGAUGAUGAUAAAAUUUAUGUGUUCUUCACUGAAACAGCUGUUGAGUUUGAAUUCUAUGACAAGAUUCUGGUGUCCAGAAUUGCCCGUAUCUGCAAAGGUGAUCUUGGUGGAAAACGCUUACUGCAGAGAAGAUGGACUUCAUUUUUAAAAGCCCGACUUUCCUGUUCCGUUCCAGAACUCAACUUCCAUUUCAAUAUCAUUCAGGACAUCUUUUUCCUUAGGAGGAGGAAGUGGCAGGACAGCAUCUUUUAUGGGAUUUUUUCCCAGCAGUGGGGCAGAUUGGACACAUCAGCUGUUUGUGCAUACAGCAUGGCAAGCAUUCGGGAAGCCUUCUCCAAAGGAAGCUACAGGGGCCCAAUAACUGUGGAACAUUCCCACGUUAGAUGGAUGGUUUUUAGAGGAGAGGUGCCAGUUCCACGUCCUGGUGCUUGUAUUGAUAAUUUUGCCCGGAAUUUGGGGUAUAAUACAUCUUCUGACCUGCCUGACAAAGUCCUGCAGUUUGCUAGAGAUCACCCUCUGAUGGAUGGUUCUGUAAAUCCGAUUGGUGAGAGGCCAGCACUACUGAAGAGGAGCUCAAACUACACCAGGAUUGUGGUAGACAGAGUUACUGGCCUAGAUAAGCAGACCUACGAUGUUAUGUUUCUAGGAACAGAUGAUGGAUAUUUGCAUAAAGCUUUCAAUUGCGAUGGAGAAAUGUUCAUUGUGGAAGAGCUGCAGCUGUUUCUGUCCCCUGAGCCUGUACAGUUCCUGCAGCUGUCUGCUAAAAAGGGGAUGCUUUAUGUGGGGGCCCUGUCUGCAGUGGUGCAGCUUCCAGUUUCGGGCUGCCAGCGAUACAAGCACUGCCUGGAUUGCAUCCUGGCAAGAGACCCGUACUGCGCGUGGUCUCAGGCUGCCCAGGCGUGUGUUCUGCUGUCAGAUCAGUCUGCUGAUACAAAGAAUUUAAUUCAAAAUGUGAAAUAUGGGGAUGCUUCCAGCUGCCUUAGUGUAGAGAACGAUGUGAGAAAAUACCUCUUUACUCUUGGAAACAAUGUUCAUCUGAAAUGUGUUCCUCUUUCAAAUCUGGCAAGAGUAGUGUGGAAGUUCAAUGGGAGCCGAAUUCGGGAUGAGGACUCUAAAUACCUCCUCUAUGAUGGAGGAAUAGCAAUAUUUAAUGCGACAGCGGCUGAGACUGGAUUCUAUGAUUGCCUCUCAGUAGAGAAAUCCAAAGCAAAGGAAUUCUUUAUCACUGUGGCCCGUUACGCCCUUUAUGCACAGCAGAGUACAGAGAAGACAAAUGGUAAUGCUGCAACAGAUAGCAAUAACGAAGCAGAAGUUGUGGGAUUUCAGUCUUCUGUAUCAACUUAUUUACUGAAAGACGCAACAAAACAGAAAUCUGUGGGCAGCCAAAAGGAGAAUCUUGUUUUAAAACUCCUGUGUGCAGGUUUUGCUCUUCUUUUCUUUUUCUUGUUCAUUUGGAAUUUCUACAAGGGCCAUAUAUCUCUGCCUUGGAGGAUCAGAGAGACCAGCUCCAAAGACACCAAUGCAGACUUGGAAAACCCAGAACUGACCACAGAAAGAUCAGAGGCUGUAAGAGAGAGUUCAGCAGUACAAGCAGACAUGUCUUAAUGAAUAAAUGCUUGUGAGUUUUUCUCAAGGAGUUCAGCACAGUGCAGGCUGUGCUGUGUGAGCAGCUCAUGGAGCUGCUUGGUUCAGAUGACGUUUCCUGCGAAGGAAUGUGGAAUGUAAAUUUGGGUAGGAGUCAGAGCUCAGAACUGAAGAUGACAAGCUGCAUUGUGCGUUGCAUAGUCAUGUUACCAGCUGGUUCUUUUAGAAGCAAAAUGCCUUUUUGACACAUUAGAACCAUAAGAAUAAUUUUUUUUUUAAAUUGAUGCUGAUCCACUUUUUUGUGUUGUUGGAGUCGCCCAAUUACAGAAAUUAAUACUUCAGAAGCUAAUAAUACUUAGCAUUUAGUGCCUUUCACCUUCAGACUUUGUGUUUAAUCUACGAAUAGCAACUAAUUAAGUCUCCCAAUGCCCCAAGAGGUUGCUACUACCCUCAUUUUUCAUCAGGUUAAAUUACUUGUCACUGACCAUAGUAUUGGUGUCAGAUCCAAUGCUUUGUUAGAAGUCCCUGAGUCAUCUUCACAUCUUUCUCUAUUUUCCUCUCUUUUCUCUUUAUUUAACUGUUUUAAAAACUUCCCAUACAUUUAUUUUUCUAAUGUGCUUUUAGUGAUAUUAUGAUGCAUCUUUUCUGUCCAGAAGUGUCAUGAACUGACGUAAAUACUGCCUAAAUUGUUCCGGAUUUAUUUCUGAGGUUUGGUCAGAACUCAAACUGUGUAGCUCCUUUUGUUAAAGGCCGUUGAAAGUUGAGCUAUUUUUUUUUU